AUGCACGGGUACAGCUCGUCAGAAGAGUCCGACGACCUUCGUCGGCCUCGUACUCAACCUGCCACUACCAACGAUGGCGAGAAAAAGAAGAAGAAGAAGAAGCUCCCGCCUCAACAGAGCAUCAACCGUAUCUGGAAAAAGUUCUCCAAGCGCAAGUUUCACAAGGCUCUCGCCGUCCUUCCAUUCGACCCCGUGCAACCUCCUGCUACCUACCAUUCCAACGAGCUCUUAUCGGCCGGUUACGAGCGAGCUGCUGAGGAAUGUCGACGCAAGGUUGAGAAGAUCAUCAAAGAAUGCAAGCGAGUGAAUAUGCGAUAUCGAGAUCCUGGUUGGGAUUUGUAUGAGAAGGGCCAUUGCUUGAAUAACCUGGGAUCGCAGAAAUUCGAGCUCAACAGGACAACACUGCUGAGCUCAAAGGCUGCUGUCCCCAAGGCCGUCAAGCGCGUGCACGAGAUCUUUGAGAAUCCCACCUUCAUGAAAGAGGUUAGUGGUGGUGACGUCAAGCAGGGCAGUCUAGGWGACUGCUGGAUCAUGGCUGGCCUAACAGCUCUGGCCAAUGUUCCAGGAGGUCUACAGCGGAUCUGCGUUGCCCAUGACACAAAGAUCGGCAUCUACGGCUUUGUCUUUUAUCGAGAUGGCGAAUGGAUCUACUCCAUCAUCGACGAUAAACUCUAUCUCAAAUCCCCCUUGUGGGAUUCCCCUUCCAUGCAGAGAGAUCUUCUGCAGCAGAUCGAUCGUGAGGAUAACGAGAAUGUUUAUCGCAAGACCUAUCAGACUGGCUCCAAGGCUCUUUUCUUUGCGCAGUGCAGAGAUCAGAAUGAGACUUGGGUUCCUCUCUUYGAGAAGGCCUACGCCAAGGCUCAUGGUGACUAUGCAUCAUUGGCGGCUGGCUGGAUCGGUGAGGGUGUCGAAGAUCUCUCUGGUGGAGUUACCACUGAGCUCUUGACGUCUGAUAUUCUCGAUAUCGAUGAGUUUUGGGAUAAGGAGAUGUCACGAGUCAACGAUGAGUUCCUCUUUGGCGCUUCUACUGGUCUGCUUGAGCACGGAUACGGUGAGCGCAAUGGCAUCUCUGAAGGGCAUGCCUAUGUCGUCAUGGAGGCUCGUACCCUAAAGUCUGGCCAGCGCUUGGUCAAGCUUCGUAAUCCUUGGGGUAUGGUCCGCAAGGGUAUUUGGGAGGGAGCUUGGAGUGAUGGCUCUAAGGAGUGGACUGCCGAGGUGCAGGAGGAGAUGGACCACAAGUUCGGCAGCGACUCUGUCUUCUGGAUUUCUUACGAGGAUCUUAUUCGGAAAUACUCUCACUUCGACCGUACUCGACUCUUCAGCGAUCAAGACUGGCGAUGCUGCCAGCGCUGGAUUGGUGUUGAUGUCCCGUGGAAAGCAGUUUACCAUGAGAAGUUCCACAUCAAGUUGACCCAGGACUCUCCUCUUGUUCUGGUUCUUUCACAACUUGAUGGCCGAUACUUCAAGGGCCUUCAAGGACAGUACUCCUUUCGUCUUCAUUUCCGACUUCACUACGAGGACAGCCCUAAUGCGGAGGACUACAUUGUCCGAUCUCACGGUAACUAUCUGAUGGCACGCUCUGUCACUGUCGAGCUGCCUGAUCUUCCCGCUGGCAACUAUGUUGUCUACCUCAAAGUCACUGGCGAGCGAGACUCCAAUGGUCAGUCUGUCGAGCAGGUGGUCAAGCGCGAGGCCGCCGACAGGACCGAGAAUGAGAAGCUUGCUCAGGUUGGUUAUGCCUACGAUCUAGCUCACAGCAAGGCCUGGGACCACAUGGACAAGGUUGCCAAGCUUCGCCAGAAGAAGGAUCAGAAAAAGGCUUCUGCCAGUCGCCAGAAAGAGCGUCACCGCAUGUGGCAGAAGCGCUCUACCAACCGCGAUGCCACCAAACAACAGACCAAGAAGAACGCGGACAAGAGAAAGCGACGUCGCGCAGAGUGGGAGGCCGAGCAGAACCGCCUCGAUGAGGAGUUCAACGCCAAGGUCAAGGCUGAGCGCGAGCAGAUGAAGAAGGAGAGACUUGCUAAGACUGAGGCUGAGAAGGCCGCCGAAGCUGAGAAGAGGGCUCUGGAGGCUGAUGAUGAGGCUCUGAGAAAGAAGACUGAGGAGAUCAAGAUUUCGGAAGACAAGGACGAGCCUGUCGUCGUAGAUGAGCACCACAAGGAUCAUGACGACGCGGUUAUUUCCGUAUCAACGGGAUCACCUCACUUGACUCCCAAGUCGAUGGACUCUACAGUCGAGGGUGCUGAAGAGAAGCAGGAAGUUCCCCCAGUCAGUGGAGGACCUCCAGCUCCCGUUGAGCAAGAAGAACCUCUUCCCGUGCGCCCUCGCCCUGCCUACGAUUCUGCAGGCGAGUCAUCCGACUCUCCUGUUGAAGGCUGGGAAGCUACCUACAGCAGCGACGACAUGGCUCGCAAGCCUCGCCUCACACAAGCCAACCAAGCCGCGGUCCAAGACGACUACGACUCGGAGGAGGAAAAGAUGCCGGAGCCCUGGAACGCCAUCUGCAUCGUGGGCGUGCGCGUGUACUCCAAGGACGAGAAACUGGAGCUGCGCACCGUCAUGGAAGGCGGUGAGCUUCUUGAGGGCGGCAUGGGCUCCAAGGGCGCCGCAGAUCUCGACAACGCUCAGUCCAACGCGGGCGGUGGACGAGCCGACGACCAGGAUGCUUCCAAGACGAAGCAGGAUGACGGCGAGGGGCAGGAGAUACCUCCGGGUGUCGGUGAGGACAGCAAAGACACUGAAGAUGUUACUGUCUAA